AUGUACGACACCGUCCACGUGGACGAAAAGUGGUUCUACGUGAAGAAGAUUGGAACAGAAGUAGCACGUCCACGUGGAAACUGGGAUGGCAAGGUGGGGAUGUGGCCUGUUGUGGAGAAGUAUGUGACCCAGCGAAGGAGCGUUAAUCGUGAUGCCGGUGUGGAGGAGCUGCGCCCCAUUUCGAUGACCCGUGAAGUCUACCGACGCAUGCUGCUUGAAGAUGUGAUUCCCGCAAUCAAAGCCAAGUGGGAGUGGGUGGGGGACGAGGGGCAGGGCGUUCCUCUUGUAAGCCCAAUUUGGGUGCAGCAAGAUAACGCCAAGCCACAUGUGCUGCCUGAUGACCCCGAGGUGCUGGUGGCUGGGUGUGCUGGUGGCUGGAGCAUUCUCUUUAGAAACCAGCCUGCGCAGAGUCCAGAUCUAAACGUCCUUGAUUGCGUUUUAUUCAACGCGAUCCAGUCGCUGCAGUCGGUGACGGUCCCAAGAACAGCCGAAGACCUCAUAUCGGAAGUGGAGAGGGCGUUUGCGUCUACUACUACCACUACGCUGAACAAAACGUUCCUCUCCGUCCAGCUUAUCAUGCAGAGCAUCAUGAGGCACAACGGCGGGAAUGCAUUUGGCUUGAGCCACAUGCAGAAGGACAAACUACUGCGUGCUGGUGAACUUCCUGAUUCCCUUUCUUGCGAUCCAGCUCUUUAUCGGGCGACUCUCGCCAAAGUUGUGCCCCAAAGGGCCACGACGUGCGCCCCUCCACCAUCCUCGGACUUCGACGCUUUCUUUUGA